AUGUGGGGGGGCGGGGAGGGGUCGCCGUAUCUCGCGUUCACUGUGUUGUUGGCGAGACAGUGAGACCGGACCUGCGGAGAGUGUGGGAUCCGCCCCUGUGUGUGUGUGUGUGAAUCAGACAGACAGACAGACAGACAGGCGGAGGCUGGAGAGGAUUGAGGUGAAUCAUUCGUCCACUCGGAUGUGACAAGAGCGCCCUUUAUUUUCCAGAUUUGCUUGAAAAGGUCUAAUCAUGACGUAUGUGAGUGACAAGCUAUAUAAGUACAUCAGGAAUCGUCAGCCAGACUUCUUAAAGAUUAAUGCAGUGGAACUAUUGCCACAUCUUCCAUGCCUCACGCAGAUGGAUUUGGAAACAACAAACGCAUGUGCCAGAAAUGACGGCAACGAGAGGGCUGUACCUCAUUUAUUGGACUGUUGUAAACGCCGCAAAGGCUGGGAAAUGCAAUUGAUACAGGCGCUGGAGAAAAAGGAGUACACUGAUCUCGCGAGUGAUCUGAAGCAGGAAUUUCAGUCUCUGACCAGCGGAGGUUCUGGAAUAACGGGUUCACAGUGGCCCCCCAGUGGUUCCCCUAAGGCUAACCCUUCAGCCCCGGCCACCUCGGCCCAUCACAGCCCCUUCCCUUCUCCACCUCCCACCUCCUCCCCGGCCAACGCACCUCAUUCAUCUGCCUCGGCUCUUCCUUCCCCAAAGGCAUCUGUGCCUGAUUUCCCCUCCAACCCAGUCGAGGUUGAUCUCUCCAUGUCACCAACCAAUCCUCGAUCUUCCUCUCCCACCUCCACACUUAGACCCUCCUCUCCCACCUCCACACCUAACUCCUUCUCCCCAGCACCUGUCCCUUCCUCCAUCCCUCGCUCCUCCUCCUCAUGCCCCUCACCCAUUGCACCCUGUCAGGGUUCAGCCUACGCUAGCGAUCUCCAGGCUUCGGAGGGCUCUUCAGCUCCUGCUCUGAAGGUUUCAACUGCAGAAUCGGCUGAGCCUAGCGAGGUUAGCCCCAGCUCAGAUCAGCUAAAAAUACCAAUUCAAGAAAUGGGAGAUAUGAAGAGCAAACCAUCACUUUCCAGAACAGACAGAGAGACUCAGAAACAGCCCAUACAGAACAUAAUUAUUUUCAACGAGCAGGACCCUGACAGUCGUCCUUCCCAGAACCCAAGGAUACGAGCCACUGAGACAGAGGAAAACCUGGCGCCUGUGAAGCAGCAAGUUGCAGCAACCCUGGUAGCAUCUUCUGAGCAAAGCACAGUCUCAAGCACAGUGCUAGUAAAUUGUCAUGUGUCUUCAGGUGCAAUCUCAGAGCAGUCGGAUGAGAACAGUUUUGAUGAGAGCAUUCAGAAACCAGGGGUGUUGCUGGAUAUUACUGAUCAGCCAGAUAACUGGGCUCCAUCCACUGUGCUACCCUGUUCAAUCAGGUUGAGCGAAUUGAUGAUAAGUUCAAGUACUUUUCAAGCUUCAGGAAGUGAUGGCACUGCAGAGGUCUGUUCCAACGCUGACACCUGUACCAGUGGAGCCAGUCCUGCAGACAGCGAUGGCAGUGAAAAUUCACUCAAGGAACAGAAACUCCAGGCUUUGCAAGGCUACCAGAACAAUAAUCUGGAACACAGCUUCCAUGAUGUGCACCAACCAUUGCUUAUACAGGAAAACUUUGAUGCAGAGAAGAAACUACACAAGAUGGGUGAAGGUCCAGUCACUGAUGGGGAAGGUGUAAAGAUUAAGUCAGGUUCUGAGUUUGAGUCUGAACUGCUGUCUGUUCAGAGGAGCACAACUGAAGCUGCACAAGGUAUCUCUGGACUGAUCGGUACCCAGCCUGAUCCUGAGAUCAGUGAUGGCAAGGGAGCCAUUUCCACACACAGCACUAUGUCACUUGUUUCUACUGACCGUGGCUCAGAAGGAGUAGGUCAAAUGAUACAAGCUUCUGUCAGGGAGUCAGAUGCACCAGUAAUGCAGGUCUCCUGGAAUGGAAAUCCACAGGGUGUUUUAGACCAAGGACUGAUCGCAAACAGGCGAGUUGCUUCAGAAAACACCUUCAAUCACACCCCAGCCACCCAGCACGAUGGCAAGGCAUGCACUAUUGCUCCCAGCAACAUUUCUUAUGAUCUCAGUGGAUCCAGCAGUGUGUCCCAUGAUGGAAACAGUCACAUAGCAGGCAUUUCCAAGAGUGGUGCGCUUCUCUCUAACAGAAAUGAUGGGAGUAAGGUUCACCAAGUAGGACAAAAGGGAGAUGAGUCAUGCGAUGCUGACAUCAGAGUUCACACUGGCCACAUACACGAAGGAGCCUUUCGUAACAACGAGGCAGGUAGCGACCACAGAUUUGCAGCAACACACUCGGUUGAUCUGAACACAAGCAAUUCUGGAGGAGGCUAUGUUAACUCCUUGUCCGACGUACCCCAGCCAAUCAUCAACACAUCUGGGCAGAAUUCUGCUGUGCUCCCUUCAGCCUCGCAAGAAUGGUUAACUGGCAAGCAGCCGGUAGAGUCCGAUGAGGAACUACCUUGCUCAAAUUCCAUGAUGCGUUCAGUGACCAUUGUUGCCCUGGUGGCAGUCGUCAUCGGGUGUCUGUGGAAAUAUUGUCGCAAGUAGUGACUCGCGAGAUUCAAGUCAUGUUUCCACCUUGCCUUAGUCUGUUGAACCAUAUUGUCUUAAGAUCUACCGAAUUGUGGAUCAUUCUUAAGGUCAGUCAUAAUUUAAAGUUCACCCACAAAACACACAGUCACCGGACUUUACA